CCCCGAGUGCUGAGCCCCUUGUUCCUUCGGCUGCGGCGGGAUCCGGCAGCUGCGCAGCCUCUGCUGCUCCCGGCCGUGCGGGCCCCGCGGAGCAUGUGGGAGGAGAGCGACAUGGAGAAAGCCAUCAAGGAAACCUCCAUUUUAGAGGAAUACAAUAUCAAUUGGACUCAGAAGCUGGGAGCUGGAAUUAGUGGUCCAGUUAGAGUCUGUGUGAAGAAAUCUACCCAAGAACGGUUUGCACUGAAAAUUCUUUUUGAUCGUCCAAAAGCUAGAAAUGAGGUACGUCUGCACAUGAUGUGUGCCACACACCCAAAUAUAGUUCAAAUCAUUGAAGUGUUUGCUAACAGUGUACAGUUUCCUCAUGAGUCCAGCCCCAGGGCUCGACUCUUAAUUGUAAUGGAGAUGAUGGAAGGGGGAGAGCUAUUUCACAGAAUCAGCCAGCACCGGCACUUUACAGAGAAGCAAGCCAGCCAAGUAACAAAGCAGAUAGCUUUGGCUCUACAGCACUGUCACUUGUUAAACAUCGCACACAGAGACCUCAAGCCUGAAAAUCUGCUCUUCAAGGAUAACUCUUUGGAUGCCCCAGUGAAGUUGUGUGACUUUGGAUUUGCCAAAAUUGACCAAGGUGACUUGAUGACACCUCAGUUCACCCCAUAUUAUGUAGCACCUCAGGUACUGGAGGCACAGAGAAGGCAUCAGAAGGAGAAAUCUGGCAUCAUACCUACCUCGCCAACACCCUACACUUAUAACAAGAGCUGUGACUUGUGGUCCCUAGGGGUGAUUAUCUACGUGAUGUUGUGCGGAUACCCUCCUUUUUACUCCAGACACCACAGCCGGACUAUCCCAAAGGAUAUGCGGAGAAAGAUCAUGACAGGCAGUUUUGAGUUCCCAGAGGAAGAGUGGAGCCAGAUCUCAGAGAUGGCCAAAGAUGUUGUGAGGAAGCUCUUGAAGGUCAAACCAGAGGAAAGACUUACCAUCGAGGGAGUGUUGGAUCACCCCUGGCUCAACUCAACUGAGGCCCUGGAUAAUGUGCUACCCUCUGCUCAACUGAUGAUGGAUAAGGCGGUGGUUGCAGGCAUCCAACAGGCCCAUGCGGAACAGUUGGCCAACAUGCGAAUCCAGGACCUGAAAGUCAGCCUCAAACCCCUGCACUCUGUGAACAACCCCAUUCUAAGGAAGAGGAAAUUACUCGGCACCAAGCCAAAGGAUGGUGUUUAUAUCCACGACCGUGAGAAUGGAGCCGAGGAUUCAAAUGUUGCCUUGGAAAAGCUCCGAGAUGUGAUUGCUCAGUGUAUUCUCCCCCAGGCUGGUAAAGGAGAGAAUGAAGAUGAAAAGCUGAAUGAAGUAGUUCAGGAAGCUUGGAAGUAUAACCGGGAAUGCAAACUCCUAAGAGAUACUCUGCAAAGCUUCAGCUGGAAUGGAUUGGAGUUGCUGGUUCAUGGGGAUAUUCAUCUGUUUGGCUUCAGUAGGUCGUGGAUUCACAGAUAAAGUAGAUCGACUAAAACUGGCAGAAAUUGUGAAGCAAGUGAUAGAAGAGCAAACCACAUCCCACGAAUCCCAAUAAUGACAGCUUCAGACUUUGUUUUUUAACAAGUUGAAAAUUUAUUCAUUAAUGUAUAAAGUAAUUUGUAUGUAAAUUAAUAAAUCAUAAUUUCAUUUCCACAUUGCUUAAAGAUGCUGUAUAAAUUUAGAUACAGGAUUUACUAAUAGUAUAGUUCAUUUGUUUUUAAGAAAAGCUCAGUUCCUAAUAUAUUAUUACUUUAGGAUUGUUUAGUCAUAUGUGGUAAAGCUGACAGAUGGUAUUGUCAAGCAAGAUUGUUUUAUUUGUAAUAAAGUAUACAAAAACCAUUUCCCAGUGGUAGGCAAAGGACCAACUAUACUGACCUUUCUGCUUAGUAAACAGUUGAAUCAAGUACUGUGGAAUCUGGUUUCAAUUGCCCUGUGUAUUUACUUUCUGCACUAUCAAUCAGUGGAUUAGCUCUGGUGCCAAGAAAUUUUUGUGGAUCCAUGUUGCAGACCGCCUGUUACAGGGUGCCACCUCCCAUGAUGGAAGAGGCAGGGAGUUGAGCCCUCAUUUCUCUUAUCCCUAAUUCCCUAGAGAAGAGUGGUAACAUUUCUUUUUUGUCAUAUUUUUUUAAAAGGUAUUGGUGCAUUUCUUAAAUCUAAUGGGAUUCUCUAUUGAGUUUAUUCUUUUCAUGUUUAACCAGAGCUUCAGCCCUCCCACCUCCUUUGAGAUCCUACUUUGUCCUCUCCCUUUCCUGCAGCCCUCACCAGCUCCACGGCUUCUUAUCUCCUUUCCCUGUUCUUCUGGCCCCUUUUAUGGGAUGAUUUUUCUGAGAAAGUUACAUAUCAUCAUAAAAACUGGACUAUUUGGUUAGCAUCUAAAGAUGGUCCAAGUUUCUUCUCUUAAAGCUACCCUUUUUCUCUAACGUUUCUGCCUGGGUUUCAUGGUGGCAUCCCCUGGGCUGCAUGUAUUUUAUUUAGCACCCUUCAUUUUCAGGAAGCAUGGUUCUGGCCCAGAGAUCAGAUACUUGAAUAGAAAACAAGGCUGGGUACUUUUCUACUUUGCUGUUGUACAUAUGGGCUUCCAUAACAAACCAUUUUUAUUUAUUUUUUUAGCAGUUCUUGAUUGGUGGUUCUGUGUUGGUAAAUGGGAGCGCUAAUAGGCCAACUCCAAUUCACAGAGGAGAAGAAAAGGGUCAGUAGGCUCAGUUAUUCAGUUUCAUCCCAUCAAAUUCUCUUCAAUCAAAAUCAACCCCACAGAGCUCACUUAUUUUCUAACUCCUCCACUUUGCUGAGUAUGUCUUCAGGGUGACAUGUGGUUAGUAUGUCCCAUAUGUAUGUGAAUGACUGUAGGAAUAUAUGAUAAAAACAUUAAGUAUCUCUUAGAAAUUACCUUACACAUUGGUUCCCUUUUACUUUGGAGAGUUUUAAAUUCAAGGCAUUUUUUGAGGUAAGGCUCACUAAUUUUCAGUGACUGAUAACUGCUACAAAUGGAUACCCUGUAAGGAGAAUUCAAUACUUUUAAACAUGGCAAAAUCUAACAGGCAGCAGAGAAAAACAAAAUGUUUUCUUAUUUACUGACCAGAAAACUUAGCUGAGAGUUGAAUUAAGGGUUGAAUUAUUGUUUUUCAGUGAAAUGCAGUCUUACAAAUCAAAAUCACUUCUUACAAUCAGGAAAAACUCUGCACUUGUUUCUGGAACAACUGAAUACCUGUUAUUUUUCUUAUCUCAGGGCAGAGGUUCAGUGUUAGCUUGGGAGAGGAAGGCAGUAAUUAACUUUGUUACUCUUCUUUUUCUUCAGAGGAAUCUUCUAGCAUGCCCAGUCUACCAUUAACUUCUCAAAUUUGUUUUCUGGGUGUCUUAUAGAGGCUCAAGAUGAUUUCCUUCACUGUGUGGUGAAUUUUAGGCAAGAUCUAAAAGGGUAUCCAAAAGAUUCUUCCUUUUACUCUGAGCAGCAGUUGCCCAUGUUUCUUUAGUCUGAAUUAAACUGGCCGCGAAAAUGAGUGCUGUGUCCAGACAGGUCCAUGCUGAAAGUUUGUGAAUACCCUGGAGGAUGCUCUAGCUGGUGUAACUCAGAAGUGGGCCCUAUCCUACAGAGAGCUCCUUGACAAAACAACAGCUUCCAAAAGACAGCACUGUUUGGUCUUUAAAGUAGAGUUUUGUUUAUGGAAUUUGUUUGUAGGCCAGUAGCAAAUUCUGCUUUAACUUUACCAGUCAGGUUUACUAAUAAAACAUUCGCAUGUACUGGAAGUGAAACAAAAUCAUCCUUGUCUCUUUUGGCCUGUCUGUCUAAUGCAGAAAGUUCACACUGUAAGAACAGUUCUCAUAGGCAGGAGGUUACAGUCUUCAGUUUUCCUACAUGAUUUGCUAACCCUUUGCUUACUAUAAAACCAUUACUUAUCACUCAAAUACCUUUAGACUUUACCAUAGUUAUUAAUCUGCUUGAUGUGAAACAACUUUUGUAUUUUUCUGGCUAAUGUAUUGUAUAAGCUAUAGGAGAACACCUGUCAGAAAUUUAUUGUCUGAAACGGAUAGGAGGAACUGCUUUUUAAAAAGAGUUUUGUUUUUGUAUUCAUUUGAGAUAGAACAAGUUGAAGGAAUUAUUGAAGUAGAAGUCAAAUGAUUUAAAUCAGAUCUUGUGUGUGAA